AUGGACAGGGAAGAAGGGGCGCGUACUCCCCACCCACGCCAUCAUUCUUUGCUUACGGAUGUUGCUUCCUCAACAGAGAUCUGCCCCUCUCCGCCACGCUGCACCCCGCCCUGUCCUGGAAGCUUCUCAUUGGAUGGAGGUGCGGUCGAUCCGUCUCGAGUCAGGAAGCCUAUUGGGCAGGAGGCGCGCGCCAGCUCGGAUUGGCCGGAUGCACGUUGGCGCAACGGAAGAGGCGGCCGCCCAGGGCCCGCCUCUGCUUCGGCUGCCGCCGCGGAGGAGGCGAGGAGUCCGGCGCUGGGGGGUUGGCUCGGGCGGCAGCGGGGGCUGCUGCGAAUGGGAGCGAACCGGCCCGGCGCGCCCAUGGAGCGCCACGGCAGGGCGGUCGCCACCUCAGCCUCGUCGGCCGCGGAGUCGGCGUCGGGGGACUCGGAAGGGCGGCAACGGGAGCCUCCGCGGCGCCGGGCAAGCAGCGCGUCGGCGCCGGCGGUCGGGGCGGCGGCGGAGGGUGUGAGGCGAGACCGGCCCGGCUCCUACAGCGGCCCCACGGUCUCCCGCCAGCGGCUCGAAAGCCUCCGGAAAAAGCGGCCGCUUUUUCCAUGGUUUGGCUUGGAUAUUGGUGGAACCCUGGUCAAGCUUGUUUAUUUUGAACCCAAAGACAUCACUGCUGAAGAAGAGGAGGAGGAAGUAGAGAGUCUUAAAAGCAUUCGGAAGUACCUGACCUCCAAUGUGGCUUAUGGCACCACAGGAAUCCGGGAUGUGCACCUGGAGCUGAAGGACCUGACUCUGUGUGGACGCAAAGGCAAUCUGCACUUUAUACGCUUUCCCACUUAUGACAUGCCUGCUUUCAUUCAAAUGGGCAGAGAUAAAAACUUCUCAAGUCUCCACAAUGUCUUUUGUGCCACUGGAGGUGGAGCAUACAAAUUUGAGCAGGAUUUUCUCACAGUAUGCAUUUUUAGCUUAUAUACAAUUUACGGUAGUUUGAUUGUUAAAAUGAUUUCAAUUAUAAGUGGUAGAAUCAUUUCCAUUUAUAAUGGAACUUCAAGUUUCUUGAGUGAGAUGAAGAUUAAACAUAAGUUAGUGGUAGGAGUUGUUAUAUAGUUUACUGUUUGUCUAAUUGAGAUGUUUGUAUGAAAAUCAGAACUACUUUUUAAAAAAAUAUUAUUUUGUGUGUGUGCAUGUGUCUAUGCAUGCAUGUACCAGGGUCUCUUGAUACAGACAAACAUGCUUCUGGAUGGGUGACUGGGGAAUUGAUUCUGGGCCAGCAGACUUCACAAGCAAAUAUAUUUAACUACUGGGCCAUCUCCUCAGCCCCAAGAACAGAACUUCUAAAAGAUCAUUUUAUAUUGUCCUUUCUUUUUAUUAUUUAUUUAUUUGUCAUUUCUUAAUGAAUCUGGGAUAAGCAAGAAUAAAAUACCUGCCUGUGAGGAAAUGACAUCAUUAAUUCUCAUUAAUGACAUUGAAAAUUAAAAAUUGGGUUAUAAAAUUGUAAAUUGUAUCCUGUCAUGUAUUACACAGUUUCUUGUCCCCUCUCAAUUGUUGUCUGCUAUAUCUACUAAUAAAAAAAGAAGGGACUCUGGUUAAAAGUGGAUUCAAGAGAGUUAGAGGUAAUCCCAGCACUUGGGAGGAAGAGGUAAGAGGAUCACCAUGAAUUUAAGGCCACCCUGAGAUACAUAGUGAAUUCCAGGUCAGCCUGGGCUAGAGUGAAACUCUAUCUCAAAAAACUAAAAAAACAAACAAAUAAGAUACACAGAGCUGGUCUGAGAUCAGGCUGACAGAGCUAUCUCAAAGUAAGCAAAGGUCUACCAUUGAGCUCUGUCCCCUCCCUGGGCUAUCCUUGCUUACCAAGCCCUCACCAUACUGGCCUGUAGGGCUAGUAGUACUUGGUAUUUGAAUUUUGCUUUUGUUCUGUGGAUAGUAAGAAAGGCCUUCAAGGCUAGGUAGGUCCUUUGAGGGUUAAUUUGAUAAUAGGUGUGAAAAUUAACACAUGACUUGGCCUGGACCAUGAAGUAACUUUCAAGGUGUAAUUCAGAUUUAAAAAUACCUUC